AUGUCCCCAGCCAGUUUCCAUGGCAACGCUCCGGGCCGCACCACGGCAGCCGCCGAGGGACAAUCCUGCCGCGUCCGCAGCCUUCGGGGCUUUGCUCACAAGAUCUUGGUUAUCGACCGGGCUCCCGUUCCCGAGUCGCUCUCUAAGGUGGAAGGAGCGAAUCCUGCAGUUAGCCAGCAGCCCAGGCCCUCCGUCACAUGGAACCUAGGCUCGCCCAUUGCUUGUGCGGUAGCCCCCCAGGCGACCACCAGUUCUGGCACCAGCCCGGCCUCGGCCUUCUUCCGGCAGAGCCAGAAGGCUCGGCAGCCGCCCCGACAGAUCUGCUUCCUGCGGCCGCGGACCGCUCAGUCGCCGGUGCUCUUCAGCUUAAUGAAUUCCAGUGAAGCAGCAGUGAAAAAAUUUUUGCCCAAGAGCCACUUAUCUCGGGUGAUUAUUCGUGACAACCUCAGUGCACAACGAAUCUAUGAGAUGGAGGUAAAAGCCUCAGAGAAGACCAAGAACAAGAUAGGCCACUUGUAUGACCACCUGAAAAUAAAAUUCAUGACAGACCAGCUCAGAAAGCUGGGGCACUGGCGACGGGAAUCCAUGAACGUCCGGCAGUACCUGGAUAGCAUCCGAGUGUACAAGGAGCCUAACAAGAAAGACCAACCACCCUAGUCAAGGCAGAGUGAUCUGCCCUGGGGCCAUGACGACACUAGGCUGACGGGAGAAGAGCUGGAAGGGAGCCAUUCUACACCACUGUAGAACAACAAUAAAUGAGACUAGUGGACAGUGGAGCACAAAACCCCUCAGCAAUUCUAAUAUUUCUUGCCCUGUCCCAUCCCCUCUUUUCUGGUGAAGGUGAUUCUGAUAGUCCUGUAGCUGCCCAAGUGGAAACGGCUGAAUCGAACCAGCUUCCAAGGUUAAGGUAUGACCUUUGGUACCCACAUGUCUGGUACAAUGCCAGGCCAGGUGCACUGGGACAGUGGUACCUUGGAUGGGAAGGGCUUGGUAAUGCCGCUGCCUGGCAUUCCAGUGGUAAGGAGUCAGGGUGGGCAUCAGGCAGACCUGGGUUAAGGGCUAUUUCUGCCAUCCAUCAGCUGUGUGACUUUGUAACCUCUCUGAGCCUCUGUUUCCUUAUCCUAAAGAGUGGGGAAGUAGUGCGGGAACCUACCUCCAAGAACUGGCAUGAGGAUGUGGAGUGCCUGGCCCGGGGCCUGUCAUUCUCAGUGGCUCUCAUCACGAUGCCUGCAGUUAGGUUCCAGCCUUGU